UUCUGUACAGUUUCUAUAGAAACGGAACACAGCACAGGUCUGCUAGCUGAACACAGCAUCGGGAAUUUAGGAUUACACUUUUUCAUUUGGGCAGAAAUGGAGGAGCGCUAUGCCUUUCUCACUGAAUGGUACGACCCAACUGCAGCUCUGCUAAGAAGCUACCAACUCUUCUACUACCCACAAGACAACUCAGUGGAAAUGUUUGAUGUUAAAAACCAGCGAAUAUUUUUGAAAAGGACCAAAUAUAAAGACCUCCAUCAGGAAGACCUGUUCAUCGGGAAUCGAGUGAACGUGUUCUCACGGCAGCUUAAUCUGAUCGAUUAUGGAGAUCAGUACACAGCGAACAAACUGGGCAGCAAGAAAGAGAGAACUCUUGCUUUGAUAAAGCCAGAUGUUGUCACCAAGACCGGAGAUGUCCUUGAGUUGAUAUACUCCUCCAACCUGAUCGUGACUAAAGCUAAAAUGACGACGCUAACAUGGAGGCAAGCGGCAGACUUCUAUGUGGAACAUCAGUCAAAGCCUUUCUUCAAUAACCUUGUGCAGUUUGUGUCCUCUGGCCCCGUGGUUGCCAUGGAGUUGAUGGGUGAUGAGGCCAUAUCAAUAUGGAGGAGGCUCCUGGGACCGGGGGACUCUGCUGUGGCUCGGAGAGAGGCUCCAGAGAGCGUACGAGCCAAGUUUGGAACAGAUGGUGUCAAAAAUGUUGGUCACGGCUCCGACUCGCUCGCCGCAGCAGCAAGAGAGCUUGAAUUCUUUUUCCCAUCAACAAUUGGCCACGGACCCUCGAGUACAGCCAUCUUUACAGACUGCACAUGCUGCAUCAUCAAACCUCACGCCAUAUCAGAAGGUCUGACCGGGAAGAUCCUGAACUCCAUAUCUGCAGCUGGAUUUGAAAUCUCGGCUCUCAGACAGUUUAACUUGGACCGGGCAAAUGCAGAAGAAUUUUCUGAAGUUUACAAAGGGGUUGUCACGGAGUAUCCUAGCAUGGUGACUGAGCUGUGCUCCGGGCCCUGCAUGGUGCUGGAGAUCCAUGGCAACGACACACCCAAGUCCUUCAGGGAGUUCUGUGGGCCCGCCGAUCCAGAAAUUUCCCGUCAUCUCCGGCCGAACACGCUGCGUGCUCUUUACGGAAAGGACAAAGUGAAGAAUGGCGUCCACUGCACGGACCUCCCUGAAGACGGUCCUCUGGAGGUGGAGUAUUUCUUCAAGAUUUUGGAGAGGUGAAAGCAACAGGAGAUGUAGCUGCACAUUCAAAGACCGGACAGUUGUCUCAUUUUUCUGUUUAUUGUUUCAGCCUUAUGCAGAUUAAAUAAAGUGACAAGAGCAGACUCCUGACAA